CCCCGCCUGUGAGGGCGGGGUGGUAUCGCCGCCGCGCAUGCGCAAAGGUCCUUGCUGGUGGGACCCCGAGAAGACGCCAUGAGUAUGCUACGGCUUCAGAAGCGGCUGUCAGCCAGCGUGCUGCGCUGUGGAAAGAAGAAGGUCUGGCUGGACCCCAACGAAACAAACGAGAUCGCAAACGCAAACUCAAGGCAGCAGAUCCGCAAGUUGAUUAAGGAUGGCUUGAUCAUCCGCAAACCGGUGGCGGUGCACUCGCGUGCACGCUGCCGCAAGAACCUGGAGGCGCGGCGCAAGGGUCGGCACAUGGGCUACGGUAAGCGCAAGGGUACAGCCAACGCCCGUAUGCCAGAGAAGCUGGUGUGGAUGCGGCGCAUGCGGAUUCUGCGCCGUCUCCUGCGCAAGUACCGUGAGGCCAAGAAGAUCGAUCGCCACAUGUACCACAAUCUGUACCUGAAAGUGAAAGGUAACGUGUUCAAGAACAAGCGCAUUCUGAUGGAGCACAUCCACAAGAUGAAGGCUGACAAGGCCCGCAAGAAGCUCCUCGCUGACCAGGCAGAGGCUCGUCGCUCCAAGACAAAGGAAGCACGCAAGCGCCGUGAGGAGCGCCUCCUGGCCAAGAAGGAGGAGAUCCUGAAGACUCUGUCCAAGGAGGAGGAGAGCUCCAAGAAGUGAGCCUUCCCUGCUGGGGAGGUCAACUCGCAUCAUCAACCUUGUAUCUUCUUGUCAGUCAAUAAACUAUGAAAACCCCA